AUGGAAGUCACCUUGUACACCCCAGACAUCUGGGAACUGAUCGAGGUGGAGGAUGUGCUGGAGGACGGCUCCCUGCGCUUCGGUCCCAAUGGAGGACUGGUGUUUUGCAUGGAGUACUUUGCCAAGAACUUUGAGUGGCUGGAGAACUGCCUUGGCCAUGUCGAGGAUGACUGCAUCCUUUUUGACUGUCCAGGUAGCUCAGUAAUUAGAUUUCAGAUCGAGUUGCACACACACCUGCCCGUGAUGAAACAGCUGGUUCAGCAGCUGGAACAGUGGGAGUUCCGAGUCUGUGGAGUGUUUCCUGUUGAUUCUCAAUUCAUGGUGGAGUCGUUCAAGUUUGUUUCUGGCAUCUUGGCAGCCUUGAAUGCUAUGGUAUCUCUAGAAAUCCCGCAAGUUAAUAUCAUGACAAAAAUGGACCUGCUGCGUAAAAGAGCUAAAAAGGAAAUUGAGAAGUUUCUAGAUCCAGGCAUGUAUUCUUUAUUAGAUGAUUCUACAAGUAACUUCAGAAGCAAAAAAUUCAAUAAAUUGACUAACGCCAUAUGUGGGCUGAUUGAUGACUACAGCAUGGUCCGACGUUUGCCUUACGAUCUGUCAGAUGAAGAAAGCAUGAACAUUGUAUUACAGCACAUUGAUUUUGCCAUUCAGUAUGGAGAAGACCUGGAAUUCAAAGAACCCAAGCGGGUGGCCGUGCAGCUGGUGCUCGAGAGAUCAGUGACGGCGCUGUCCUUUGACACGGAGCCAAGUAUGCUUUCAGAGCUGGAGCUAAAGAAUCAGUAA